CCCUAGCUUUUUCUUUUUGCUCAUUCUGAGAUAGUUUGGGUUUCCAAGUUCGCCCAAGCUGAGCCUUUCGUUCCUCUGCAACGCAAAAAUGGUGAACGUUCCGAAGACUAAGAAGACCUACUGCAAGAACAAGGAAUGUAAAAAACAUACCUUACAUAAGGUUACACAAUACAAGAAAGGCAAGGACAGCCUGGCUGUUCAAGGGAAAAGGCGCUAUGAUCGGAAGCAAUCUGGUUAUGGAGGUCAGACUAAGCCAGUUUUCCACAAGAAGGCUAAAACAACUAAGAAGAUUGUGCUUAGGCUGCAAUGCCAGAGUUGCAAACAUGUUUCUCAACACCCAAUCAAGAGGUGCAAGCACUUCGAGAUUGGUGGCGACAAGAAGGGGAAGGGAACCUCACUAUUCUAGUUUAGGAUAUUUGUCCUGGCGCGUUUGAUGCUUUCUUUUUAAUAUGAAGUAAACCUUGUUUUUUUGUUAGUUUUGUUGAACUUCUUGUUGCUUUUGAAGUCAGACAGUUUCUCGGUAAUUCAGAGAAGUCUCUUGGAAGAUGUAGCUCAUUUUCGGUUUUCAUUUGAAGAUGAUGUUCAAUUUUAUA